AAUCAAGCCAUCGCCUUCUCGGGACGAGCGAUCGAUCACCCCCAGCUCAGAAGAUGAAAUGCUUCCUUCCUCACCAUCAAAGCAGCACCUCGAGAGCCUCGUCACAGACUCCAGCUUGCCUUACAUGUCUGAUCCGGAGACAUGCCCGUAUACAGAUGCUUCCGGCGCUGCUAGCCAUUCUCUAUCUUCACCCCAUGCCGCUCCCACCCUGUCCGAAUCAUCUAACGGCUCUGAUCUCGACAUUUUUAUUAGCCAGGAUUCGACCUCUGGUUUUGGAAAGCCCGAAUUCGGAGACCUGGCUGAUCCCGACAUGGCCCCGUUCCCAGACUAUGUGAACACGACGUCCUUUGAAGGUGGUCUGGAACUGUUCCCCAACAAGCCCUUCUCCUCGGGCCCCGUCAUGGCCGACGACUUCUUCUUCCAAUUUCAAGUGGACGAACAAGCCUCGGAUGUUAUGACUAAAGAAUUCUUCAUGGACUAAAGAGAAACGACCAUAACGGAACAAGAACCUACAUAACGAUCGACAAGAAAGAUGACAUGGAAAAACGAAAAACAUCAAACGCCCGGCAACGAUGCAACGACUCAGGCUCUACAGCCUAAUGUGCAAGACUUUUAACGAUUUAGGACCGCAAAUGAUUUGGAACCCAUGCAUAUAAGACGCGAAAUGAUUUUUAUGCCUUUUUUUUUCAUACUACGACACGAGAACCAUGUACAAUUUCCCUCAUUUACUUCACUUCUACGACCAACUCAUUUCAACGACCAAUUUUAUCCACUGCAAACUGAUGAUAAACUGUGACAACAACAAGAACAAUGUUUCAAAAAAGAAAUCUUGUUUUCGGGCAUAUGAACUUCUGCUUUCCUUCCCCCUUGGCGCAAAUGCAUAUUACUUACUGCAUCUGAUUUCUUUGUUUUUUGUUUCUCGCGCAACAACACCAUGUACGACCACCAACAACCAUUCUGAACCCCCGGGACUUAUCUGCAAUAUCUUGGGAGUUUUAUUUUGCAAGAAAAUGACUUUUUCUUUGUGUUUUCGGCCAGCCAAAUUAUGGAGUUUUUACAGGUCGUCCGUUCUUUUUUGCCUCUUUACGUGUUGAUUGAUCUUAUGAAUGUUUGUAACGUCUUUUCUUUGUCUCUUUAAUGCCCCUUUCAUGAUGUUAUGCUAUGCUAUUGAAUCUGAAUUUGCUUUUUUAUUUCCUUAAUGUCAUU